AUGAUGCAUCUUCAAGUCUUCAUUUCAGGCCUCAUACUGCUUCUCCCAGCUUUCAUUGAAUCUUUCCCAAAAGUGCGUGGAGUGGUGGGUCACCCUGUGACACUGCCAUGUACUUACUCUGUAUCUCAUGGAGUCUCACCCAUGUGUUGGGGCCGAGGGGCAUGUUUUUCUGAUAAAUGUAAAGAUGCUGUUAUCCUGACCAAUGGAUACUACGUCUACUACGAGAGGAACAAUCGCUACCACCUAACGGGGAAGAUUCUUCAAGGAAAUGUGUCUCUGACAAUAGAGAAAGUCAAUGAGAGUGACAGUGGCCUCUACUGCUGUCAAGUGGAAAUGAAGCAAUGGAAUGUUGUACAGACACUGACCAUCUCACUAAGAAUUCAACCAGGGAGCGAUCCAACACGGAACCCACCAACGAUGACUAAAGGCUUCUAUAUUGGAAUCCCCAUUACCUUGAUGCUUCUACUUCUUGUGAGCAUAAUGGUUAUUACAAUUGUCAUCAUUUCAUUUAACAAUGACAUCAAUGACCUUCCUCUGACAGUAAAUUCCUGCUACAUGUACAUCAACCUCAUGAUCUUGGAAGUGCAGGAAGUGGUCCCCACACCACAUCCCCAGAAGAUCUCAACUAUGGGCCUCUAUAUUGGAAUCUCCGUGUCUGUUGUGCUGCUGCUUCUCACGGGCAUCCUUUUGACCAUAACAGUAGAGACCACUGUCGCUCUCAGUGGCAUUCUGUAUGGUCAAGGACACAUUUCCUUCAAGAAGCUGUCUCUUCAGCUGGUAGCGAUUGCUUUUCUGAUAGUAGAUCCUGUAGCCAUCAGUCCAGAUAAGUGUUUGUCCACAUGUAUCCCCACAUUCUCCUCGGCCUCAACACAUGGAGAUCUCAGGACUGAAGAUGAAGUUCAAGGGUACAAUGCUCACCUCGCCCGUGCCAGCCCAGGAACAAACAGAUAA